AUGGCUGCAUCCCUGGACCCUCAGAUCGACGCGCCCCUGGAGGUUGAGGGAUGCCUAAUAAUGAAGGUGGAAAAGGAGCCCGAGUGGGCAUCGCAGCCCAUUCUGGAAGGAUCGGACGGCUCUGAGUCCGAGACUUCUCGCAAGUGCUUCAGGCAAUUCUGUUAUGAGGAUGUGACCGGACCCCAUGAAGCUUUCAGUAAACUCUGGGAACUUUGCUGCCGGUGGCUGAAGCCAGAAAUGCGUUCCAAGGAACAGAUCCUGGAGCUGCUGGUGAUUGAGCAGUUUCUCACCAUUUUACCUGAGAAGAUUCAGGCGUGGGCACAGAAGCAGUGUCCAGAAAGUGGAGAGGAGGCGGUGGCCCUGGUAAUACAUUUGGAGAAAGAGACUGGAAGACUAAGACAGCAGGUUAGCAGUCCUGUGUACUCAGAGAAGCAAGUCCCACUUGGAGCAGCAUGGGAGGUGGCAAACUUUCAGCCACAGCAGGUGGAGACCCAACCCAGAGUGAUGUCUCUGGAGGGAGCUGAAAGCCUCCACUCAGGACACCAGGAGCAGCUGAACCAAAAGAGAGAGCUUCGGCCCUUACCCAAGAAUGCUCGGCCUUCUCCCUGGGUUCCUGCUCCUGCUGAUGAAUGGAACACCAUAGAUCAGGAAGUAACAGCCACACGAGUUCCUGUUGGGUCCCAGGGACCAGUGAAAGAUGACCACAUGGCAAGAGGUUUUUCCUACAAAAAGAGUGUGCGUCAGAUUCCUGCUCACAGAGACCUCUACCGGCAUAUUAGAAAGGAGAGUAUUGGGAACAUGGUCUCCCUGGGAAACACAGUGUCUACAGCUAACAAGAUGGCACAGUUGGAGCAAAGAAAGGAGCCAUGGACAAUAGGUCUACAAUCCUCUAAUAAGAGGAAUGUCCUACGAAGCAACUAUAUCAAGGAAAAGUCAGUUCAUGCUAUUCAGACCCCUGCAAGGAAUGCAGGGAAAACACGGAGAGAGCAGCAGCAGUGGGGUCUGGAAGAUGAAAAAAUAGCAGGCGUGCAUUGGAGUUACGAGGAAACUAAGACUUUUCUUGCAAUUCUCAAAGAGUCUCGCUUUUAUGAAACACUUCAGGCCUGUCCCCGAAACAGCCAAGUAUAUGGUGCUGUAGCUGAAUGGUUGCGAGAAUGUGGCUUCCUCCGAACACCAGAGCAGUGUCGGACCAAGUUCAAAAGUCUACAGAAGAGUUAUCGAAAAGUGAGAAAUGGCCAUGUGCUAGAACCCUGUGCCUUCUUUGAGGACAUGGAUGUUUUGUUGAACCCUGCAGCUCAUACUACAUCCACGGAUAAGCCAAAGGAGAUUCUGUCUCUCCCCAGACUAAAGAGAAUUGGUAUCAAUGCUAAAGAACAGAUCAAUUUGGUGGAGGAGGAAGAAGCCACAGAAGAAUCUGAUGGUGAUGAAAUGGGUGUUGAGUUUAUCCAGAAGUCUGAGCUUCGUGGUGCUCCUGUCUUAUUUCAAAACCUGAGUGGUGUGCACUGGGGCUACGAGGAAACCAAGACUUUCCUUGACAUCCUCCGUGAGACUCGGUUUUAUGAAGCACUGCAAGCCUGUCAUCGGAAGAGCAAGUUGUACGGGGCCGUGGCUGAACAGCUGCAAGAGUGUGGCUUCCUCCGGACACCGGAACAGUGCCGGACCAAGUUCAAAAGCCUUCAGAAGAGUUACCGCAAAGUGAAAAAUGGUCACGUGCUAGAGUCCUGUGCAUUCUACAAGGAGAUGGAUGCCCUGAUUAACUCUCGGGCAUCUGCCCCUCCCACUAGCACCCCAGAGGAAGCCCCGUCACCCUCAAUUCAAGAAAGAGAGGACAUUGAGAUUGAACCCCAGGAACCUACAUGCUGGGAACCUGAGGAGGACUCACAGGAGGCAAUAGUUGAAGAUUCCAGCAGUGAGAGACUGAGUGAGGAGGAAAUUGUGCCAGAGCCAGAAUUCCAGGGACCUCCAGGUUUACUGCAAAGCCCGAGUGAUUUUGAAAUUGGAAGUGGUAUCAAGGAGGAUGCAACACAGGUAAUAUAUAAGGACAUGGAGCAGCACAGGGCGUUAAUACAAAAGCCUAAAAGGGCUGUUUCUCAGAAUGCUGAUCCAGGUAAAUAUUGUAAAAGGGAAUGCAUCGCAGGAAGACAAUGCGAAAACCUUCAAGGAGUCAGACAGGGAAAACUGAUGUCUCAGCCUAGAGAUUUAGGGAAAGCUGUCGUGCAUCAGAGGCCUUUCAUGGGGAAAAGGCCCUACCGACUUCUCAAAUAUGGAGAAAGCAUUGGAAGGAGUGCUCGCCUCAUGUGCCGGAUGACCCACCAGAAGGAAAAUCCUUAUAAGUGUAGUGUCUGUGGGAAGUGCUUUGGUAGAAGCAGGAGUCUAAUCAGACACCAAAGAAUCCACACAGGAGAAAAACCUUUUAAAUGUCUUGACUGCGGGAAAAGCUUUAACGACUCCUCAAACUUCGGUGCCCACCAGAGAAUCCACACAGGAGAGAAGCCCUACAGAUGUGGAGAGUGUGGAAAAUGCUUCAGUCAGAGCUCGAGUCUCAUAAUACAUCAGAGAACCCACACUGGAGAGAAGCCCUACCAGUGUGGAGAGUGUGGGAGAAGCUUUACCAACAGUUCUCAUUUCAGUGCCCACAGGAGAGUCCACACUGGUGAGAAUCCCUACAAAUGUGUGGAUUGUGAGAAGAGUUUCAAUAACUGUACGAGAUUUCGAGAACAUCGGCGAGUACACACCGGGGAGAAGCCCUACGGGUGCGUGCAGUGUGGCAAACGUUUCAGUAAGAGUUCUGUUCUCACUAAACAUCGGGAGGUUCAUGUGAGAGAAAAGCUUCUCCCAUACCCUCCAGCGCUCUAUGCCCCAGAGAACCCACACAAGGGAAAGACUGAUGAAUUCAGGCAAACAGUUUGA